AAAAAGUACAAAUCGAGUGCUGUAUGCAAUUUUAUUACUCCAAUUUUCGUCUGCAUUAAAUUAAAUGAAAUGAAAUGAAAUUCGGGACAACAGCAAAACUCUCCAGAAAAUGCAAAAGUAGUUCAGUAAAAUUAUUCAACUGAAAAUGAAAUUUCAUCAAAGCUACCAACAGAGAUCUUCGUUUCAGUUGAGUCUCAACGACUGAAAACGAAGACAAAUUACUGCCCAAUUGCCGCCAGAUCUAUUUUCUGGCUUUGUUUAUUAACUAAACUGCAUAUUCUUGAGAGAGGAGAAGAUGAAUAUAUUCAGGUUAGCGGGGGAUAUGACACAUUUGGCAAGUGUCCUUGUUUUGCUCCUCAAGAUUCAUACGAUCAAAUCUUGUGCUGAAAUGGCCGCCGAGGAAGGACAAGUCAUCGCCACCAACUCCGUCGACGAAUGGAAGCAGCUUUUCCAGAAAGGCGUCGAAUCUAAGAAACUCGUUGUUGUUGAUUUCACUGCUUCAUGGUGUGGACCUUGUCGUUUCAUCGCCCCUAUUUUGGCUGAGAUUGCCAAGAAGACACCACACAUCAUCGUUGCCAAAGUUGAUGUGGAUGAACUCAAGCCUGUGGCGGCAGAAUUUGGAGUUGAGGCCAUGCCGACCUUCGUGUUCCUUAAAGAAGGAAAGGAAAUUGACAGGGUUGUUGGUGCAAGAAAGGAAGAUUUGCAGGCAAAAAUCACUAAACAUGGAACUGUUGUUGCUUAAACAUAACUGUGGCUUCUCAAUAAAAUCCGCUUUCUCAUAUGUGCUUGAACCUUAUAUCAGGAAUUAUCCAUCUCUUUUAUGUGUCACUUCUUGUUAAUCUUGUGAAGGAUUGAUUUAUUUUAGAAAGAGUUCCUUUUUCA